UGGUUCAACCAGCCCGCCCGCAAGAUCCGCCGGAGGAAGGCCCGCCAGGCCAAGGCUCGGCGCAUCGCUCCCCGCCCCGUGGCCGGGCCCAUCCGGCCCAUAGGGCGCUGCCCCACCUGCCCGACCAUCCGGUACCACAAAAAAGUUCGUGCUGGCAGAGGCUUCAGCCUGGAGGAGCUUAAGCUUGCUGGCAUCAACAAGAGGUUUGCCCGGACCAUUGGAAUCUCCGUGGAUCCGCGGCGGCGCAACAAGUCCACGGAGUCCCUGCAGGCCAACGUGCAGAGGCUGAAGGAAUAUCGCUCCAAGCUCAUCCUCUUCCCGAGGAAGCCAGCCAUGCCCAAGAAGGGAGACAGCUCUGCUGAGGAGCUCAAGAUGGCAACACAGCUGACUGGACCAAUCAUGCCCAUCAAGAACGUUUUCAAGCGGGAGAAGGCCCGUGUUAUCUCCGAAGAUGAGAAGAACUUCAAAGCCUUUGCCAGCCUGCGCAUGGCCCGCGCCAACGCCCGGCUCUUCGGCAUCCGCGCCAAGCGCGCCAAAGAGGCGGCGGAGCAGGAUAUAGAGAAGAAAAAAUGA